AUGCGGGUUCAGCUAUCGAAAUGUCGAUCACGUCGCUGUAACUCUGGGCCACACGAUGAUGACUCUGAUAUCGGUGAUAACGUGGCUUGUCCGUGCCGAUACAAGUUCAAGAUUUGCUUGUCGUCCGGAACCUGCGAGGUUUUCCAGCACAACGAUCAUUUGGCAGACAUUGACGGGUCAUCUAGCCCCGUUGAGCAAAAACUGACCCCUGUAAUGAAGGAAUACAUUGUGGAGCAGCUUAGCUCGGGCAUAAAGACCACCGCGGCCCGUCUUUUCGCUGUCAUUUGUAGCAUGGUACAUGAAGGGGACAUGUCCGGACCUCCGCCCAAAGACCAACAAGUUGUAGACUUUGUGAAGAAUUGGCGAAGAAAAAAUCCUAAGAACUCUUUGGCUCCGAUGAUUGCGAUUUGCGAUGGGCACAUUUACGAUCAGCAAAAUUUAGCAGCACUAGCGGACACGACUUAUUCUCUGUGA